AUGCAUUUAUCCGCACUCGUCGGUCUGUUCAGCAUCACUCUCACUGCGAACACUCCAACAGCUGUAAAGACUCCCGCAGCUGCGAUAACCCAAAACCCCGCCGCCAAACCCUCCACUUUUGUAACUUCGAUAGCUCCCACAUCCGCUCCUUUCCCUGCGACCUUUACUCGGUCUAUGCCGACAAUUCCCACCCCCUCGGGGCCGCCCGUUAGAUACUGGUUUAGUUUUGGAGACUCAUACACCAACACCAACUUCUCGGUCAACGGUAUUCAACCUUCUAUCGAAAACCCCUUCGGAAAUCCCGAAGGCGUAGAUGACAGGCGCAGAUACAAUGCGACGUACAUUCCAUACAUCACCACGAAGUUCAACAGUUCUAUUACAUUUAACUACAAUCUCGCUCGAAUUGGUGCCUCCCUAAACUACACUUACGAAAAUACCACCUCCCGUCGCUCCUUCCAAGGGCAAUUCAACCUUUAUACGUCCAAAUAUGCUUCCCUCCCCUUCGAAGAAAAACCAUGGCAACAGAACGUUGAUACGAUAUACUCUUCGUGGUUCGGUAUUAAUGACGUAAAAAGCAUCUUUGCCAGCGGUGGAAACUCAACCGACCCGCGCAUCGACGAAUUGAUCACAUCUCAAUUUUCGUUGCUGGACCAACUAUACUUCGAUGUUGACGCAAAGGCGUUUUUGGUCAUCAACCUACCACCGCUGGAGACAGCUCCACUCUUUGCUUCCGAUACAUCUAGAGUUCAGGGAAUCGUAAGAUCAUGGAACAGUAACCUCGCUAGGAAAGUUCGACAGUUUAGAGAUGAACACUCCGUUUCUUCUAUUUUGUUGAUCGAUAGCUAUAACAUCAUCAGGAAGCUCCAGGAGGAACCAAAGUAUGGUGUUAAAAAUGGUGUUUGGGCGGAUAAAUUGCAUAUCAAGACACAAGUUCAUAAAGUUCUUGCCAAGGAGAUUGCGGCUGCUUUGGAAGCGGCGGUGGAGACUACGGUGGAGACUCCAGGUAAUGGAACUGUUGGCGGACCUACCACUUUUACGGCUCCUACACCAACCAUGGAGCAUGGAAGCAGUGCUACCAGUGGAACCCUUUGGUAG